GUGGCAAUGCAACGACAACUUGUUUGCAAUCAAACAUUAGCAGAAGAAGAGGACGUGUGCCACGUGACAUUGUUUACUGUGAGCGUGAACCAUGGCGAGAAACGAGGAGAAGCAGCAAGGGAAACUGAACAGACUGUGGCUGCAGAAGGAGAGAGAAGAGGGACGACUCAGAGAUGCUCAUGAGCGCAGACCUAAGCUGUCUACUCUCCAUUCAGCCUCGUCUGUGACCAAGUGGAUCCCCAGCAUCAAGAAUGAGAUAGAGUAUUAUCUGCAACAGUCCCAGCUGUCUCACUACCCAGAGAGGAAGAUAGCUGAGUUCCAGCUGCACAUCGAGGCUCUGGAGAAGGAGUACAAGAGCUUCAUCGCCAAACUGCGAGCGCUCGACCCUUCGCGUAAACACAAGCCAUGGACUCCUCGAGGAUACUGCAAGAGGAGAGUGGAGAAACAGGCCUCUCAGAGAACAGAUAAACACCCUCUGCGCAGUGAGUCACAUGAGGACAGCAGUCAGUGGUGUGGAGCUGCCUCGGCUAACAAUCGGACAGGAUGUCACCAGAUCUCAAGCGCUGAGAGGCAAGGACCUCUCAGAUAUUCAGAAGCCAGACGUCAAACCCCUGUCCCCACCACCCCGAGGUCAGAAACCUCAGAGACAGUCUGCGCAGACCAGGACCAGCCGCUCUCCUUUGACCGCACGCGGCUGGCAGUGGCCACCGCUGCGUUCAGAGGGCCGUCGGCUCAGCUCAGCCCCUCUCAAACACAGAGUCUUGCCAGGGUACUGCAGUCAGGCCUGCCAAACCUCAGUAAUUCCCCGUCAGGUCAAAUAUUGUCAUCACUCAACGGAGACACAGAGAGCGAUGUCAGGACAACAGAGGGUUUGGUUUUCGGACAGAAAGGUGCCGUCCAAGAACAUAAGUCAGAGUGUGAAGCAGCAGAGAGGAUACCUGAGAAAUCAUUGAACACAUGGACAACAGACGAGAGGACUGGUCACGUCCUGGGAUUAGACUGUUACUCUUCAUCUGAUGGGGAGUGUGACACGUGAUAUUUUAGAUCAUCAAAUAUAGUCGUCCACAUUUUUAUAUGUUUUUUUGUUCUUUCAAAGGCUGGCAGGUCAUGUGAACAACAAGAUUUAUAUAAGAAAAGUACUUAAAACUUUAAAAACGUUCUUCACCUUUUUAAAAAUCAAAUCUGACUAUAUUUUCUAAAGUGUUUCUCAAGUAUAUAAUAUGACAUGCUUUGUGCUUCUUAGUAAAAUUUAACAAACUCUUGUAUACACGAAGAUGAGGAAUCAGAAUAAUUCUAUGUGAGAAUGUUAAAUGGAAAAAAGUUGAGUUUAAUAAAUGAAUCAACAAGA